UUCACUUGAUUCGCGCUGCUGAAGGCUUGGUAACGCAAGUUUGCGCUCAGGGAUGCGGGCGCGAGGAGACGCCUGAUCAUGGCUUUUUACUGGAUAUUUCCGUCCAUUUUUAUCCUAUAUUGCAUCGGACUGUGUCAAGGAGUGAGGAAUUAUCCAGACAAUGAAGUUACCCUCCUGGACUCUGUGUCAGCGUUGGGGGAUCUGGGAUGGGAGGCCUACCCAGCUGAAGGGUGGGAGGAGAUCAGUGUGAUGGACGAGCGCAACACGCCCAUGCGCACCUACCAGGUGUGCAACGUGAUGGAGGCCAACCAGAACAACUGGCUGCGCACGGGCCUGAUCCAGCGUCAUGGCGCCCAGCGCAUCUACCUGGAGAUCAAGUUCACGCUGCGCGACUGCAACAGCCUCCCCGGCGUGCCGGGCACCUGCAAGGAGACCUUCAACGUCUACUACCAUGAGUCCAACUCUGACACGCCGCCGCCACUCAGGCACCUGCGCGAGAGCCAGUAUGUGAAGAUCGACACCAUUGCGGCCGACGAGAGCUUCACACAGACGGAUGUGGGCGACCGCGUCAUGAAGCUCAACACGGAGGUGCGCGACAUCGGCGGACUGAGCAAGCGCGGUGUGUACCUGGCCUUUCAGGACCUGGGCGCCUGCAUCGCGCUGGUGUCCGUGCGCGUCUUCUACAAGCGCUGCCCGCUCGCCGUGCUCAACCUGGCGCGCUUCGCCGACACGGUGACGGGCGGGGACUCCACGCUGGUGGAGGUGCGGGGCACGUGCCUGGAGGACGCCGAGGAGCUGGAGCCGCCUAGGAUGUACUGCAGUGCCGAUGGCGGCUGGCUCGUGCCCAUCGGGCGCUGCGUGUGCCGGCCGGGGUUCGAGGAGGGUGACGGCCACUGCCAACCGUGCCGUUCUGGUUUCUACAAAGCCUCAGCCAUGGACGCCUACUGCAGGAAGUGUCCUCCCCACAGCUACUCCCACCAGGACAAGGCCUCCGAGUGUGUGUGUGAGCGGGGCUUCUACCGCGCCGAGACCGACCCACGCUCCAUGGCCUGCACACGUCCUCCUUCGGCCCCAGGUGCCCCCAUCUCUACCGCCAACGAGACGGCCGUGACCCUGGAGUGGAGCCCGCCGCGAGAGAGCGGCGGUCGGGGGGACGUGACCUACAGCGUGCACUGCCGCAAGUGCUCCAGCGACGGGACCGCGGGGGGCACGGAGCGCUGCACGCCGUGCGGAGGCAGCGCCCGAUUCAGCCCUCGGCAGUUCGGGCUGACGCUGCCCAUGGUGCUGGUCACGGAGCUGCUGCCUAGGACCACCUACAGCUUCAGCGUGGAGGCCCUGAAUGGCGUGUCUCACCUCAGCCCCAGCCCGCGCACCCUUGCCACCGUCAAUGUCACCACCAGUCAGACAGUGAGUGUGGUGCUGAAGGAGAGGAGAAGCAAGGACAGCAUCACGCUGGCUUGGCAUGGCCCGGACUCCUCGGAGGGGAGCGUGCUGGAGUACGAGGUCACCUACUACGAAAAGAAUCAGCGAGACCAGAACUACACGGUGCUGAAGACCAAGGCCAACGUGAUGACCGUGGACGGCCUCAAGCCCGGAACGACCUACGUGUUCCGCGUGCGCGCCCGUACCGAGGGUGGCCAUGGCAACUAUGGUGGCGAGAUUGAGCUGGAGACGAGUCACGAGGACAUGCUGGCUGUGGGCGACCCUAAUCAGUCCACCAUCUUGGCUGCCUCUGUUGCCGGGGGCCUCGUUCUGCUGGUGCUGCUGGUGACAUGCUUUGUCGUCAGCGGAAGGCACUGUGGAUACAUAAAGGCCAAGCAGGACCCAGAAGAGGAGAAGAUGCAGUUCCAGCACGGGAGAGUCAACCUGCCAGGCAGCCGGACGUACAUCCAUCCGCACACGUACGAGGACCCCAACCAAGCUGUCCGAGAUUUCGCCCAGGAAAUUGAUGUGUCCAACAUUCGCAUUGAGAGGGUGAUUGGAGCCGGUGAGUUUGGCGAGGUGUGCAGCGGGCGUCUUCGUCUGCCCAGCAAGCGGGAGAUCUGCGUGGCCAUCAAGAGCCUGAAGGCGGGCUACACGGAGCAGCAGAGGCGGGACUUCCUGUCCGAGGCCAGCAUCAUGGGCCAGUUCGACCACCCCAACAUCAUACGGCUGGAGGGGGUCGUCACCCGAUGUAAGCCAGUGAUGAUCAUAACAGAAUAUAUGGAGAACGGUUCCUUGGACACGUUUCUGAAGAAGCACGAUGGCCAGUUCACGGUGCUGCAGCUGCUGGGGAUGCUGAGGGGUAUCGCGGCGGGCAUGCAGUACCUCUCGGAGAUGAACUAUGUGCACCGCGACCUGGCGGCACGCAAUAUCUUGGUCAACUCCAACCUGGUCAGCAAGGUGUCCGACUUCGGCCUGUCGCGGGUGCUGGAGGAUGACCCAGACGCGGCCUACACCACCAGAGGGGGCAAGAUCCCGAUCCGCUGGACCGCGCCGGAGGCCAUCGCCUACAGGAAGUUCACCUCGGCCAGCGACGUGUGGAGCUACGGCAUCGUCAUGUGGGAGGUCAUCUCCUACGGGGAGCGGCCGUACUGGGAGAUGUCCAAUCAGGACGUGAUAAAGGCGAUAGAUGAGGGCUACCGGCUGCCGGCCCCCAUGGACUGCCCCGUGGUGCUGCACCAGCUCAUGCUGGACUGCUGGGAGAAGAACCGCAGCGAGCGGCCCAAGUUCGGGGGCAUCGUGGCGACCAUGGACCGCCUGAUCCGCAGCCCCAGCUGCCUCAAGCCCCUGGCCAACAGCUCCGUAUGGGAGGACCCCCCGUCCCCAGAGGCUGGCGUGAGCACUUUGGAGGACUGGCUGGAGUCCAUCAAGAUGACCCAGUACAAGGAGCACUUUGCCAGCGCCGGAUACGUCACCCUGGACUCUGUGCUCUACGUUAGUGCCAGUGAGUUGGGCAAGUUGGGCGUAGCGUUGGCCGGCCACCAGAAGAAGAUCCUCUCCAGCAUCCAGGGCCUCCAGGUACAGGUCCAGGCCCAGCAGGCGACCCACGUCCAGGUAUAACCCCUCCAGACCAGCCCCACUCCAGCCAGUGCCCCCCCUCCCUCUUCAGCCCUCCCCCACUUCCAGAGACUCACGGAGACACAUGAUGGAGGCGGGGUGACACCAUGGGAUUUCUGGCCCCUCUACAAUAGACUGGAGGGGUGGAAGGAGAAGGAGAAGGAGAAGGAGAAGGGGGAGAAGUUAACCUUCCAGCAGUGAUCUUCAAUCCGUCCAUUCACCCCACAGGCCAGGAGGCUCGAAGAAGGAGUGUCUUAACUUUGUCUUGACAGAAACGUUGUCUUAUCGAUGUGCUGAACUGAGGGAUUACCUUGUUUUAUCUUGUGUUUGUGGCAAAUCCAGCAUUUUCAAAAAAGACACACGGAAACACUUUUGUGCUUUUCUUGAUUUGUUUGUUUGUUUUGUUUCAUUUUCGCUCUAUGGCGUGGAACACACGGACCAACGCACCUCAAAAAAAAACUGGGGUCAACACGGCACUUUGAAGCCCACUGUAGACUUUGUACAGAAAACAAAAGACUUUGUCCUGUCGCUUAGAGUAGCAAGACCAUGUUCGCUGGUGGACUUUUUGACACUCCUCACCACAGAUGGUCUUAAGCUAAGCUAACACAACGCAGUUGUUUUAUUGUUGUUGUUUUUCUUGUUUUUAUUUUUGUUUGUUUGUUGAUUUGUUUACUAAUGUGUACUACAAGGUCAAAUUCACCUACUACCGUAACAUGAGAUGAUGAUGUGCAUAAUUAGUAGGAUUUAAAUGAAUGGACUUGCUGUGGUACGUCAAAAGGAGCCCUGGAGAAACAGGUGUGAGCAGUUGACCUGAGGGCACUAAAGUGGUGUAAGGGUGGUUCAUUAAUAAGAUGGUGUUGGCCUUAAUGAAUUUCAAGGGAUAGUCCACAGUCACACAGACUGUCGGUGAGGAGUGGAGUGAUGAGAGGAGAGGAGAUGAGAGGAGAUGAGAGGUGAGGAGAGGAGAGGAAAGGAGAGGAGAGGAGAGGAGAGGGGAUGUUUUCUGACCAAAACUCUCGACCGCCGUGCAGAUGACAUUUACUGGAAACAUUCACCAGAGCUUACAGUAACCACAUGGGGACAGAGUCGGGGACUGCAGGAUGGUAUAUCGUACAAUGGCUUUUGCCAUUGUGUGUGUGUACUGUAGGUGAGGGUGUGUGUACGUGUGUGUGUUUCUGGGUGCAUGAGUGUUUGUAUGUAGCCUGUAUGUGUGUGUGUAUGGUUGUGUGUGUGUGUGUGUGUGUGUCGGGGGG